ACGGAAGGACGUACCAAUGAGCAGAGGGGAGGGGUGGGCGAGGCUGAGGCAGCGGCUGAGACGCCGGUCCUGCGGAGAGGGGCGGCACUGGUCACGACGUGGGGCGGCCAGCGAUGAAGCCGCCUAGUUCAAUACAACCAAGUGAGUUUGACUCAUCAGACGAAGAGCCCGUUGAAGAUGAACAGACUCCAAUUCAGAUAUCAUGGCUACCUCUGUCACGAGUGAAUUGUUCUCAGUUUCUCGGUCUGUGUGCUCUUCCAGGUUGUAAAUUUAAAGAUAUUAGAAGAAAUAUCCAAAAAGAUACAGAAGAACUAAAGAGCUAUGGUAUACAAGACAUAUUUGUUUUCUGCACCAGAGGGGAACUGUCAAAAUAUAGAGUCCCAAACCUUUUGGACUUCUACCAGCAGUAUGGAAUUACCACUCAUCAUCACCCAAUCCCAGAUGGAGGGACUCCUGACAUAGCCAGCUGCUGUGAAAUAGUGGAGGAACUCGCAAUCUGCCUUAAAAAUAACCGAAAAACCUUAAUACACUGUUAUGGAGGCCUUGGCAGAUCUUGUCUUGUAGCUGCUUGUCUCCUUCUAUACCUGUCUGACAUGGUAUCCCCACAGCAAGCCAUAGACAGCCUGCGAGACCUGAGAGGGUCUGGGGCCAUACAGACUAUCAAGCAAUACAAUUACCUUCAUGAGUUUCGGGACAAACUAGCUGCACAUCUGUUAUCAAGAGAUUCACUAUCAAGAUCUGUAUCAAGAUAGAGAAGUUCAAACAGCAUAUAUAUGACCAUGUCUGAAAUUUAAGAGUUCUCUAGCAUAAUUUGUAUUGAAAUGAAAUUACUAAUGUUAUCAACUUGAGUGCAAAUGUAUAUGUGCAGAUAUUCCUAAAGCUUUUAUUAACAAAA